AUGGCUUGCUCCUCCUCAUCAACUUCGUCGCUCGUCGGCGAGUGGGAGGAGCUUCCACCGGAGUUAACUCCUUCGAUUCUAGGACGGCUUAGCACGGUUGAUCUACUGAAAGCUCAGAUGGUGUGCAGAUCGUGGCGAAGCAUCUCAAAAGACCCAUCGAUGUGGCGGAAAAUCGAAUCGGUAAACCUGGCAUUUCACUCUGAGGAAAUGUGGCGUCGCGCCAUUGAUCUCAGCGAUGAUGGUUUGGUCGAGAUCAGUAUUGAUCUUACGCACUGGGGUGAAAAUAUACUCGCCUACAUGGCCGAUAGGUCAAGUCGUCUGAGAAGCCUUACACUAACAUCAACCGAUUUCUUCUUGAGAGAGCAAUUUGUCGAAGCAGUUAAAAGUGUGAAAGUUGUAGGCCAGUCUUGUCCAAAUCUGAAAACGUUGAAGCAAAACUGCUUCCAAUGCUUAGUUUUUACUGACGAUGAUGAGAUAGCACUAGCAAUUGCAGAAACCAUGCCCGGACUACGCCACCUUUCCGGAAACGGCCUAAGUAACACAGGCUUGAACGCCACUCUUGACACUUGUCCUCACCUGGAACACCUAGAUUUACGCAAUUGUUUUAACAUUCACCUUUACGGGAAUCUGGAGAAGCGAUGUUUGGAGAGGAUCAAAUUUCUGAGACGCCCCAAUGACGACCCAUCAGAAAUAGACCCAUCAGAAGACCUAUCAGAAAAACGGUUCGAUGAUGUGACAUCAGAUGAGGACGACACUUUGAUGAUGAAUGUUUAG